CGUGGCGCGCCGGCGCCUGCGCAGUCGCCCCAGAGAGCCUGGACCGGGAUGGCGGCCGUUUUGGAGUCGCUGCUGCGAGAAGAGGUGUCGGUCGCAGCCGUCGUGCGGUGGAUCGCACGCAGCACCCGGGGUUCGGAGGAUAACCCCGGGGAGGCGGCCGCGCUGAGCUCACUCCGGCCCCUGCGGAAAGAAUUCGUACCGUUCCUGUUGAACUUCCUGAGGGAGCAGAGCAGCCGCGUCCUCCCGCAGGGGCCCCCGACCCCCGCCAAGGCCCCGGGCGCCUCGGCAGCCUUGCCAGGGAGGCCGGGAGGCCCGUCGCGGGGCAGCCGCGGGGCGCGCAGCCAGCUCUUCCCUCCGACCGAGGCCCCGAGCACCGCCGCCGAGGCCCCUCUGGCCCGCCGCGGGGGCAGGAGGCGGGGCCCGGGGCCGGCCCGCGAGCGUGGAGGCCGCGGCCUGGAGGAGGGGGUCAGCGGGGAGAACCUGCCCGGAGCCGGGGGCCGGAGGCUCAGGGGCUCUGGCAGCCCCAGCCGCCCCAGCCUCACGCUCUCUGAUCCACCAAACCUCAGCAACCUGGAGGAGUUCCCUCCCGUAGGCUCGGUUCCCCCCGGCCCUGCAGGCAGGACGAAGCCUUCUCGCAGGAUCAACCCAACUCCGGUGAGCGAAGAGCGGUCACUCUCCAAGCCCAAGACCUGCUUCACCUCACCCCCAAUCAGCUGUGUCCCCAGUUCCCAACCCUCAGCCCUGGACACUAGCCCUUGGGGCCUUGGCCUUCCCCCAGGGUGCAGAAGUCUGCAAGAGGAGCGGGAGAUGCUCAGGAAGGAGCGCUCUAAGCAGUUGCAGCAGUCACCUACCCCUACCUGUCCCACCCCAGAACUGGGCUCGCCCCUCCCCAGCCGGGCAGGAAGCCUCACAGAUGAACCUGCAGACCCUGCCAGAGUAUCUUCCCGCCAGCGCCUGGAGCUGGUAGCCCUUGUUUACUCCUCGUGCAUUGCUGAGAACCUCGUACCAAACCUCUUCUUGGAGCUUUUCUUCGUCUUUCAGCUGCUCACUGCCCGGAGGAUGGUGACUGCCAAGGACAGUGACCCUGAACUAAGUCCAAGUGUCCUAGAUUCCCUGGAAAGUCCACUGUUCCAAAGCAUCCACGAUUGUGUCUUCUUUGCAGUGCAGGUUUUGGAGUGUCACUUUCAGGUUCUUUCCAACCUGGACAAAGGGACCUUGAAGCUGCUGGCUGAGAAUGAGCGGCUGCUGUGCUUCUCACCAGCUCUGCAAGGCCGCCUUCGAGCUGCCUAUGAGGGCAGUGUUGCCAAGGUCUCUCUGGCAAUGCCUCCCUCUGCUCAAGCUGUCUCCUUUCAGCCAGAGACUGACAAUCGUGCCAACUUCUCCAGUGACCGAGCCUUUCAUACUUUUAAAAAACAGAGGGAUGUGUUUUAUGAGGUGCUGCGAGAGUGGGAAGAUCACCAUGAGGAGCCUGGCUGGGAUUUUGAGAAGGGCUUGGGCAGCAGAAUCAGGGCCAUGAUGGGCCAGCUGUCUGCAGCCUGCAGCCACAGCCACUUUGUUCGGCUUUUCCAAAAACAACUACUCCAGAUGUGUCAGAGCCCUGGUGGUGCUGGGGGCACCGUCUUGGGCGAGGCCCCAGAUGUGUUGAGUAUGCUGGGAGCUGACAAGCUGGGGCGGUUGUGGCGCCUACAGGAACGGCUUAUGGCUCCUCAGAGCAGUGGGGGGCCCUGCCCACCCCCCACCUUCCCAGGCUGUCAAGGCUUCUUUAGGGACUUCAUCCUUAGUGCCAGCAGCUUCCAGUUUAACCAGCAUCUCAUGGACAGUCUGAGCUUGAAGAUCCGGGAGCUCAAUGGCCUGGCCUUGCCCCAGCAUGAGCCCAGUGAUGAAGACGGGGAGUCAGAUGUAGACUGGCAGGGUGAGCGGAGGCAAUUCGCUGUGGUGCUUCUUAGCCUGAGACUUUUGGCUAAAUUCCUGGGCUUUGUGGCUUUCCUGCCAUACCGGGGGCCUGAACCUCCCCCGACCGGUGAGCUUCAGGACUCCAUUCUGGCCCUCAGGAGCCAGGUCCCUCCGGUCCUGGAUGUGCGGACUCUGCUGCAGCGAGGGCUGCAGGCCCGCCGGGCGGUGCUCACCGUGCCCUGGCUGGUGGAGUUCCUCUCCUUUGCUGACCAUGUUGUUCCCUUGCUGGACUAUUACCGGGACAUCUUCAUUCUCCUGCUGCGCCUGCACCGGAGCUUGGUGUUGUCGCAGGAGAGUGAGGGGAAGAUGUGUUUCCUGAACAAGCUGCUGCUACUUGCCAUCCUGGGCUGGCUUUUCCAGAUUCCCACAGUCCCUGAGGACUUGUUCUUUCUGGAAGAGGGUCCCUCAGAUGCCUUUGAGGUGGACACAGUAGCCCCAGAGCAUGGCUUGGACACCGCGCCUGUGGUGGACCAGCAGCUGCUCUACACCUGCUGCCCCUACAUUGGGGAGCUCCGGAAACUGCUGGCGCUGUGGGUGUCAGGCAGCAGUGGACGGAGUGGGGGCUUCAUGAGGAAAAUCACCCCCACCACGACCACCGGCCUGGGAGCCCAGCCUUCCCAGACCAGCCCGGGGCUGCAGGCGAGGCUCGCCCAGGCCUUUUUCCACAACCAGCCACCCUCCCUGCGCCGGACUGUAGAGUUUGUGGCAGAGAGAAUUGGAUCAAACUGUGUCAAACAUAUCAAGGCUACACUGGUGGCAGAUCUGGUGCGCCAGGCAGAGUCACUUCUCCAAGAGCAGCUGGUGACACAGGGAGAGGAAGGGGGAGACCCAGCCCAACUGUUGGAGAUCUUGUGUUCCCAGCUGUGCCCCCACGGGGCCCAGGCAUUGGCCCUGGGGCGGGAGUUCUGCCAAAGGAAGAGCCCUGGGGCUGUGCGGGCACUGCUUCCAGAGGAGACCCCGGCAGCCGUUCUGAGCAGUGCAGAGAACAUUGCUGUGGGGCUUGCAACAGAGAAAGCCUGUGCUUGGCUAUCAGCCAAUAUCACAGCACUGAUCAGGAGGGAGGUGAAAGCAGCAGUGAGUCGCACACUUCGAGCCCAGGGUCCUGAACCUGCUGCCCGGGGGGAGCGGAGGGGCUGCUCCCGCGCCUGUGAGCACCAUGCUCCCCUCCCCUCCCACCUCAUCUCCGAGAUCAAAGACGUGCUCUCCUUGGCUGUGGGGCCACGGGACCCUGACGAGGGAGUUUCCCCAGAGCAUCUGGAACAGCUCCUAGGCCAGCUGGGCCAGACACUGCGGUGCCGCCAGUUCCUGUGCCCACCUGCUGAGCAGCAUCUGGCAAAGUGCUCUGUGGAGUUAGCUUCCCUCCUCGUUGCAGAUCAAAUUCCCAUCCUAGGUCCCCCCGCACAGUACAGGCUGGAGAGAGGGCAGGCUCGAAGGCUUCUGUACAUGCUGCUUUCCUUGUGGAAGGAAGAUUUUCAGGGGCCAGUUCCACUGCAGCUGCUGCUGAGCCCAAGAAACGUGGGGCUUCUGGCAGACACAAGGCCCAGGGAGUGGGACUUGCUGCUAUUCUUGCUCCGGGAGCUGGUGGAGAAGGGUCUGAUGGGAAGGAUGGAGAUAGAGGCCUGCUUGGGCAGCCUCCACCAGGCCCAGUGGCCAGGGGACUUUGCUGAAGAAUUAGCAACACUGUCUAACCUGUUUCUAGCCGAGCCCCCCCUGCCAGAACCCCAGCUGAGAGCUUGUGAGUUGGUGCAGCCAAACCGGGGCACUGUGCUGGCCCAGAGCUAGGGCUGAGAAGUGGCCCUGCCUGGGGCAUCUCACCAGAACCCUGGACCCCCGCCUCACGAGGAGGCCGAAGUGCCCACUGCGGACCCUCACUGGUUGGGGAGUAGCCGGGUCUACAGUCAGACUUCCUGCUCUGUGAAAGAAGGAUGUCGCUGCCUGGCAUCCCACCACAAGAAUCCUAGGAGGAGGAGAGUUGGCCUGAUUCGGGAUUAUGGCAGAAAAGCCACGAUGACAGUCCUGAAGUAGAAGAGGUGGUGUUUUUCUCUUGGAUACUAAAUGAAACGAGGUGUGUGGGCUUGUCAACACAGAAUUCAAGCCUCAUUUGCUAUCCCAGCAGCUCUUAAAACUUUGUAGUCUUGGAACUCAUGACAGAAGCAAAUGACUUCCACUUAA